GAGGAGAGGAGAUCGCUCGCAGUCGCACGUCGGUCGCACAGUCGAGCGUCGCACCGCACAGUCACAGUACCCGCGCGCAACCGGUGGCGAUAACACGUCGACCACAUGCCCGCCGUUCCCGACAACGAACGCAACCAGCAAGGUGGUACGCCUUUUUGGCGUUUAACUAUCAAACUGCCUAAUUUUGUGACUGCAGUAAGAAUGGUGAACCGCUGCGAGCGACGCGCGGUGGCGUGCGUGCUGCUGGCCGUGACCGCGGUAGUGGCCGCUGCCUCCUACGACCGCGAGCGUCUUGAUAUCGCCAAGCAAAUCCUGGAGGAGGUACCGCUUACCGACGGCCAUAACGAUCUGCCCUGGAACAUCCGCAAGUUUCUUCGCAACCAGAUCAACGAGUUCGAACUGGACACUGACCUGACCGUCGUCGAGCCCUGGUCCAAAUCCAAGUACUCUCAUACUGAUCUACCCAGACUGAGGAGGGGCAUGGUUGGAGCUCAAUUUUGGUCUGCGUUCGUGCCGUGUGCCACUCAGAACAAGGACGCCGUGCAGCUGACGCUUGAGCAAAUCGACGUCAUCAAGAGACUGGUUGAAAAAUAUCCGAUGCAAAUGCAACUGGCCACUUCUGUUACCGACAUCCUGCAAGCUCACAGCGCCCGACCGCGUAAGAUAGCGUCCUUGAUCGGCAUCGAAGGCGGGCACUCGAUCGCCAACUCUCUGGGCGUCCUGCGCAGCUACUAUCAGCUCGGCGUGAGAUACAUGACCCUUACACACACCUGCAACACUCCGUGGGCUGAUUCGUCUAAUGAAGCCCCCGUCGUCGAUGGACUUACGGAGUUUGGGGAGAAAGUGGUGAAAGAGAUGAAUAGACUCGGCAUGUUGGUGGAUCUGUCUCACGUCGGUGAGAACACCACGCGUGCGGCUAUCCGCCUCUCCAAGGCCCCGGUCAUCUUCAGUCACUCUUCAGUGUACAACCUUUGCAACCACAAGCGAAAUGUACCCGAUGACAUCAUUCAAUCUUUGAAAGAGAACGGCGGCAUCAUAAUGGUGAACUUCUUUCCGGAUUUCGUGAAAUGCGCACCCAACGCCACGCUCUCCGAUGUCGCGGAACAUUUCCACUACAUCAAGAAGUUGGUUGGCGCGGACUUCGUCGGCAUCGGAGGUGACUUCGACGGCGUCAAUCGCGUCCCCCGCGGCCUGGAGGAUGUGUCCAAGUACCCAGAGCUGUUUGCUGAGUUGCUGCGCAGUGGCCAAUGGAGCGUGCAGGAGCUGAAGAACCUCGCCGGACUCAACAUGCUGCGCGUCAUGCGGCAAGUGGAGAAGGUACGUGACGAGAUGCGUACCAACGGUGUGGAGCCCGAGGAGCACCCCGACUCUCCCACUGACAACGGCAACUGCACGAGCAACGCCUUCAACAGCGACUACUAUUAGACCACACAUAUAACUAACAACUACUCACAUAGGACUAUUAAUGCGGCAUAAUAAAAAAGCUCACCUAUACAUUGUCGUAGUAAAAUUAUUUAAUUUGGUAAAUAUAAAUGCGACCGGUUGCGUUCAUUUCAUGCACACAUACGUUGUGAUUAUAUUAUGAUUGUAAUAUGAUGUAAAGUUCUCGGAAUCGAAAUUUCGAAUUUCAAAUAAGCGCAUGAAAGCGGAUUUCAUAGCAUUUAAACAUUGCAAACUCAUUUAUCGAUAAAUACAUACGUAUGUGUGCAUUUGUAACGAGUAGAGUAUUUUGUUUGUAAAUCGGUUCAUUUUUGAAGUUGUGAGGUAAACGUUUAUUAUGUGAAAAAUAUUAAACCGGACGAUUUCUGGUGACGUAGCCUGCUUACUAUACCUUAACAGAUUAAUAUGCAUAGUUGAAUAGGCCCAUUAGUCACACGGCAAAAUGAAUCGUAUACCCUUCGAUUUAGGAUCGAAGUUGUUUGUAGUCGGUGUUGUAGAUGCAUUCUAGAUGUACGGACUCGGCACUCUACACGCGCUUGUACGAACUACACUUCUAGUAGGUACUUGUAUGUGUUUCUGUUGUACUGUUAGAUGUAUCCGCCUUCUAUGGAUACUAACUUAUUCAAUAUACAAUUAGACAUUUUAAGGAAGACAUAUUUUUCGACUAUCUUCUUAUUCGGAGCCCUUUACUUUGAAUUUAUUUUAUCAAGUCAUCUUACCAAAGAUGUGCAUUUGGUGGUUGACUCACAUCGCCACGAAAUGCUGCUGCAACAACAUUAAUUAUACUUAGACAAUUUUACAAAAAAAUAAUCAUAAUUUAUCUUAUAAUUUUUUAAGUUAUUGUCUUUUUAGUUAGAGAUAUUUGGAGCAUUAAAAUAAUUUUCUUUCAAGUAAACAAGUUUUAGUUCAAUCUGAAUACAUCGUAUCGACCAUUAUAAUUUGGAUUAUAAUUAAACCUGUCACAUAUUUCUCUUCAUUAUUUGAAUAAUUUUACCACAUUCAUUCGUAACUAAUAUCAAAGCCCUGAUUAGAAUUCAAAUAAAAUGUUAUAAAAUUUAACACUGAUCGUAAAAGUGGAACAAAUUGUAAGCUGUAUGUGUAACUCUGUAUGUAGCACAACGCACGAAUCUAUUCAAUGUUUAAGAUGUCUAAUUUUCUUAUUAAUCUUAGUUAUCAAGAAAUCCACGUUCAAAUAAUGUUGAUUCCUCAUACGACAUAGUAAUAAUACGCUGGCCUGUUGUGUUUUAAAAGGCCAAUCAAACCUUGUGAAUUCGAUGAAUACCACAGUACAAUUAAGUAUUGAACAAUUGCAGUAUAAUUCGGUUAAAUUGUAAAUCAAAAGUAUAAAUAUUUAAAUUCGAUCAGCACACAUGUUCCACGGAAUUUUAAUGAACUGUAAUGGGCAAAAAUCGAUCUCAAUAUUGAGGUUUAAACGUAACAUGGUUACAUUUCAUUUAGAAAAAUGGCUUGUUGUUAGGAGUAACGACUGAAAUUUUUUGAACCUUUAUUAUCUAGCAAUGACUAUUUCGUCUAAGAUCUGGCUGUUAUUUUGUGAUUAGUUUUGAAUAAAUUUUUGUAUGUAUACAUAUAUAUACCUCUUCGUGCACAAGCGCACAUUGGUGUUUUAACUUAAGUUAGUCCUUUUUCUUGAUAAGAUUUUUUUUAAUUUAAAUGAAUCUUAGUACUUAUUAAUUUUAUGUUUUUAAUCAAUUUAAUAAUUGCUGUCUGUCAAUUAUGUUUUUCUUUUUGUGUAUUUAUUCUGUUCUAUCGAUGAUGGCUUUUUUUCAUUUCCAAUACUUAUAGUUAAAGCUAUGUGCGCUUGUAUGUAAGUUGUUGGGCGUGUUGUGUGAUGGCAAGUUUUAAUCCUGUCGCGCUCACUACUGCCCUCUACGAUGCCCCGACGGUAUCCCCCGGUAGCGAACAACGCGCCUUACAACAAUUUUCUGAAGUGUUUUAUAUUUCAUACACGAUUUAAGACUAAAUAAACACGAUUGAUAUAUACUCAA